AUGUCUCUCACCCCUCAAGCUCUCAGACUGCUCUCUCGACAGAUCGUCGCUCACAGGAAUAGUCCCCCCGAGGGAGUGAGGCUCGUGGUCGACGAGGAAAACCUCACCAACAUGGAAGGAUGGGUGCAGGGGCCUUCUGGCACUCCCUAUGAGGGCGGAUACUACAAGAUUCGGUUCUCUUUUGGUCCUGAAUUCCCCAAUCUCCCGCCAAAGUGCACUAUGAUCACCAAGAUCUUCCACCCCAACAUUAGCAAGGCUGGCGAAAUCUGUGUGGACACAUUGAAAAAAGGCUGGAAGAAAGAGUAUGGAGUAGAACAUGUCCUCGUGACCAUCAAAUGUAGUUUGUUGAUCUACCCGAACCCUGAAAGCGCAUUGGACGAGGAAGCCGGUAAACAACUGCUUGAAGACUAUGAGGGAUACUCCAAGUAUGCCCGGCUUAUGACUAGUAUCCACGCCACGCCGAAAUUACCGCCCGCAGAAUUCCGUGGCGCCACGUCAAGUAGCGAAAGACCCCUUCCCUCAGACCAAUCUGUGCCCACCACCACCGUCCGACCUACCAUUACUGCCCCCUCACCCCCCUCUUCUUCCGCCUCCAAGCCUUCCCCCCUCGGUACCAGCGUUUCGCAAGGUCAGAGCCCCAAUUCAAACGGCGAGCAGAAAUCGGGUGACGAGGUCAAGAAGGUGGUGAAACCUGCGGUCAAGACGGCUGGGAACACUGUCGGGGGCGUGAAGACUGCUGUAGCGAGCAAGGGGAAGAGGGGCGCUAAGAGGUUGUAG